CUGCUGCUGCUGUUGAAUCAUCCGCAGCUCUGUUUUUGUUUCCCACCACAUGUCAGCAGCUGAAGACCAUCGUCGGUCAUUUCAUCAACGCACGUGAACGAAGAUGUGUGUGUGAGUAUUUAGCUGCGGAUUCCGUACUUUCACGCCAUCGCUGAAAUGAAACCAUGACCGGCAUCCUCCUGUCUCCCUGACGAUGCUCUGACUGGUGGGAUGCAGUCACAGUUUGAAGCCGGACAUGAUUUUCAUCUCAGGAGUUGCUGUAGCGGAUGCGGGAUAAUGAGCGCCGCACCCCGAGAGACACUGACGAGGAGGAGAACACAGCCCGGGCCUUAAGACGCUUCAGGACCGCACCGGAUCUCGGCUCGACUGUGGCGCACAAGUGACCGUCGUUGUUUUUGUGAGGCUGGGACUGUUUUUUGGGGGGAGGUGGGCUUCUCCUGUUGCUGUGGAGCAGAGGAUCAUCUGCUGCUCACACCCAAAGAGGAGCACCGGGACAGUCUGAGCUGCCCACCUGCUUAUUUCUACACGCAAUAAUAACCUUUGAGUAUGGCUGAGAGGACACUGGAGCCAGGCUCCGUCAGUAUCCCCAUGGAAGAGACCAAACUUCACAGUGGAGCCCCACAGGAGGCGCCGCUGCUCACCCACCUAAAGAAAGUGGAAAACCACAUCACCGAGGCUCAGCGCUUCUCCCACCUCCCCCGUCGUUCCGCUGUGGACCUGGAGUUCAACGAGCUCUCCUACACCAUCCGCGAGGGUCCCUGGUGGAGGAGGAGAGGUUACAAAGCCCUCCUCAAGUGUCUGUCGGGAAGAUUCAGCAGCAGAGAGCUGAUUGGCAUCAUGGGGCCCUCUGGAGCAGGGAAAUCCACUCUGAUGAAUAUUUUGGCAGGUUACAGGGAGACGGGCAUGAAGGGUCAGAUCCUAGUAAAUGGGAGACCAAGGGAUCUGCGGACCUUCAGGAAGAUGUCCUGCUACAUCAUGCAGGAUGACAUGUUGCUGCCACACCUCACAACUAGGGAGGCCAUGAUGGUUUCUGCAAAUCUGAAACUGAAUGAGAGCGUGCAGGUCAAAAAUGAACUUGUGGAUGAGAUCCUGACUGCACUGGGUCUUCAGGAGUGUGCUCAGACACGCACCAACUCUCUUUCUGGGGGUCAGUGUAAAAGACUCGCCAUCGCCCAGGAGCUGGUCAACAAUCCUCCUGUCAUGUUCUUUGAUGAGCCCACCAGUGGUCUGGACAGCGCGUCCUGCUUCCAGGUGGUUUCUCUCAUGAAGUCUCUGGCUCUAGGCGGACGGACAAUCAUCUGCACCAUUCAUCAGCCCAGUGCCAAGCUCUUUGAGAUGUUUGAUAAGCUGUACAUCCUCAGUCAGGGUCAGUGCAUAUACAAGGGCACAGUCCCUUACCUCAUUCCUUAUCUGAAGAACCUGAGCCUCCACUGCCCGACGUAUCAUAAUCCGGCUGAUUUCAUCAUCGAGGUGGCAUCAGGGGAGUAUGGAGACCUGAAUCCAGUGCUGUUUGAGGCUGUCCAGGGUGGGCUGUGCUCCGAAGAGGGAAAGAAGAACUCAAAAAGUGAUUCUUCCUGUCCUUCCCAGUGUCACAGUGACACAGGAACCCUGGAGAAACGUAGUUUUGCCACCAGUACAUUCACACAGUUCUGCAUCCUCUUUAAAAGAACCUUCAUUACAAUAUGCAGGGAUACGGUUCUGACCCACCUCCGGGUCAUGUCCCAUCUGUGCAUUGGUGUGCUCAUUGGCUUGCUUUAUCUGAAAAUUGGAAAUGAUGCCAGCAAGGUCUUCAACAACACUGGUUUCCUCUUUUUCUCCAUGCUCUUCCUAAUGUUUGCUGCCCUGAUGCCCACUGUCCUCACCUUUCCUCUGGAGAUGUCUGUGUUUUUAAGGGAGCAUCUCAACUACUGGUAUAGCCUGAAGGCCUAUUACCUGGCCAAAACAAUGGCUGACAUACCGUUCCAGGUGAUUUGUCCAAUCAUGUACUGCAGUAUAGUGUACUGGAUGACUGAACAGCCACCAGAGGCGGGUCGCUACCUGCUCUUCAUGGCCUUGUCCACGUCCACAGCCUUGGUAGCCCAGUCCCUGGGUCUCCUUAUUGGGGCAGCAUCAACAUCUCUGCAGGUGGCAACGUUUGUGGGUCCAGUCACAGCUAUACCCGUGCUCCUCUUCUCUGGUUUCUUUGUCAACUUUGACACCAUUCCCAAAUACCUACAGUGGAGCUCUUAUGUCUCCUAUGUCAGGUAUGGCUUUGAAGGGGUGAUACUGUCGAUAUAUGGGAUGAACCGUUCAGAGCUGGAGUGUCCAGGCUCGGUGUGUAAGUUCCAAAAGCCUGAAGAGGUUCUGCAGCUGCUGGACGUGGAGGACGCUAAGCUCUAUGUGGAUUUCAUGGUGUUGGGAGUUUUCUUCCUGGUCCUCAGACUGGCUACUUACCUGGUGCUGCGCUACAAAGUUAAAUCAGAGCGUUAACAUCCAGAGACAAGUGACGGAUUCAGACACUCAUACAUAUCCUGGCAGUAUGAGACAGUAAGAAAACAGGUAGUCUCUAUUCCUCUGUGUCUACGUACCAUUCAUGUACAAAGAUGUACAGAAACCCAACACAUGCAGUCAUCCAGAAGCUGUGUCGCAUUAACUGUACAGAUUAUUAUCUUUAUUUUAGGUUUGCUAUUCAACAAAAAGGAAAAUAAAGACAGUUACAUUUGGUGUCCGUGAGAUCCCAUCCCAUAAUAGUAUGUGUAUCCAACAUACACAAGAAUGCUCAGCAAAGUGUCAGAAAGCAUGUUUAAUUGAACUGAGAAAUUUGGAUUCAUAUUUAUUUUGAGCUGAAGUGUUCAGAAAAGAGGCCACUUUCAGUUUUUAGCUGUUUUUGUGUUCCGUCUCAUCUAAGGAUCAUCUGUUCAAGACACUGAACAUGGUGGCUUUUCUUCAUGGAACAAACGGACUGCCAGCGAAAUACUUUCUUCUCUGUCUUCCUCAAAAGUGUGGUCAUUUUCACCAACUCCUGCCCCACUAAUGAGAGUGGUCAUUUAGACAUAGAAGACCUGUUGGUGUAAACCUUGAAACCAGGCCUCGGAUUCCUUACUUUGCUCUGUAUGUAUUAUAACACAUGGGUUUCUCCCAUUACUGUGGAAACAUUUACUUAAAUGAAGGCAAAAUGUGAAACAAGCAUGACUGCUGCAGAGUCUUUCUACAUCAUACAGCUUACGGAGAGAGAAUGGCGAAA